ACGUCACAGCACAUUUACACACGAUGCAACAUUACACGUGCGAGCAGAACAGGCGCUGUCAAAACACUGUGAACUCUUGUUCUUGAUGUGAUUUGUGAACACGCGUGACUUCUUUCAAAUUGUUGGCGACAAGCUAAAUGAAAAGGUCGGCAGUAACAUCUUAAUAUAGCGUAACCGAUGUCAUGAACUAAGGCCUCGAGUGUCGAGCCGCGGAAGUACCAGCAGUAGUACGGCCUGUACUAAUAGUGAGGAGUACAGAUGUACUGUAAUACCUUUGAAUUUGUAUUAGCAGUGUUUCUCUCUCACUCACGAUCAGGCCAUUAAUGCCAUGUAUACUAGAGCCCAAUGAGCCGUCCAGCGCCAGAUCCCAGCUACAUUCUCCGUGGUGCCCACAGUGAGGUGACCAGCCUGACAUUUACCCAUGUUGCGGAGAGCAGGGGAACUUCCGCAGCGGGGCUCAUCUCCGGCACCCUCACUGGUGCCAUUCAGAUGUGGGACUGGACCACAAAGAGAAUCAUAAAGACUGUAGAGGCACACAAGGGCGAGAGCCUAUUAUGGCUAGCCAACCCUGGAGACGGGAGACUGCUUAGUCAAGGAAGAGACGGGAGGCUCGUAUUGUGGGAUUGCAGUGGUGAAGACUGGAGACAGCUUGGAUGGGUACCAUGUGCAACAUUAGGAUUCUGUAGAGCAAGUUUACUGAAUAAAAAUCCAGAUAUCCUGGCCGUACCAUCUCCUGUGCAGGGUGAAAUCAGUGUUAUUAGUAUCCCUUCACUACAGAUAUUACACACGAUGAAAGUACAGAAAACUCAGGGAAUGUGCAUGUCUCUGAAACUGACGACCUGUCAGUCAGAGAAGGACACACUUUUGAUUGGUGGCUUUGAAAAUGGGUCACUGGCGUUAUGGCAAAUUGGUGGCCAUGAUGUUCUGCACAGUCUGGCAUUGCAUGAAGAAUCUGUGAUGGCUUUAGACUAUAAUUCUAAAGUCAACAAAGGAAUAUCAGGAUCUGUGGACACAAAGAUUCAAGUGUGGACAAUUUCAGAGGAGUUAAAGAUACAAAGUGUAAAGGAGAUAUCAGUAACCAACGCUGGAGUCAGUAGUGUGACUAUAAGGGAAGAUGGGAAAAUUUUUAUUACAGGAGGUUGGGAUCACCAAGUAAGAGUAUUUGGCAUGAAGAAAUUGAAUGCAUUAGCAGUGCUGAAUUAUCAUAGUGCCACCAUUCACUGUACAGUUUUUUCUAAGGAUAACACCAUUGCUGCUGGUUCUAAAGACAGGCUCAUCACUGUUUGGGAUGUUUACAAAUGAUGAUAAUAGAUUUUUCUGUCUGCAUAUAUGUGAUAUCGUGCUUUAUUAAAAUUUUUAGAAACUUAAAGAAUUGUCAUAUAUAAUAAACCUAUUCUAAUUAAAUUUUCCAGUUUUAGCUAUCUCCUCCCCUGUUAUUGGUCUUCUGAUUUGACCUUGUCAUCAUUGCUGAUGUCCACUCAAUACCCAUGGCUAUGUUUGACAUAGUUUUUUACAUUUUUAAAUCUUGAAUUUAUCUCAAUUAUUUCAUCAUGCUUCUUUGGUGGGAUGCAACUCUUUUCAAUGGUAUGUCAUGUCUCUACUGUGAAGCCUCAUUGUCCAUGUACCCAGUUCUGCAGAACAAAAAUGUAUUUUUAAAAAAAUUUGUUCUUUUGAAAUUAAAUUACUUUCACACUGAAUUUCUUGAAUGCAUGAUUUGGCACUAGGCAGUGAUACUUGUUUACGGACAAAGGGCUGCAGUACUGGUGGAAAAUGCCCCUUGAAACUCGUUUAGAUUUUUGUUUCUUUCUCUUAAAUGUACAAUACAAACUUUACUUUAUUUGUUAACUGAAAACAAUGUAUACAAACACA